AUGUCCUCCGAUGACGCCUACGCUUCCUUCCUCGAACAAGCCAACGCCGAGCCGUCAGCGCAAGUCAAACAGACCUCGAAACCCUCUCCCUCAUUUCACGCUACCAAAACGGUAGAUGAAAACCAACGGAUUCCCACAGUACUACAAGAUGUAGAACAGUACUAUAUCUCAGAAGCAGACGAGACCUUUGAACCCGUGGUGUUGGCCUGGGAUGCGGCGGGGCAAGGAAGGUGGCCGGAUAACGAGCAGUUCAAAUCUCUAAUCUUCUCGUCCUCCGAUGCGCCUGAGCUCGAAAUCUCCACGCUCUCCUUGUCUGAUUUCGACCCACGCAAUCAAUACCAAACCGUCUUCCACGCUAUCCGCACUGCAGUUUCGGGCUCAGAAGCCAAGGAAACGCGAGAUGUUGAGUUACAGGUGUAUAGGAUCCAACAUGACCAGACGCGGGCGGAGUAUUGGGUCAUGGGCUUGGACACGAGUGAGAGACGGUUAGUGGGGAUGAAAGCGCGAGCAGUGGAGAGCUGA